GUAACGAACGGUGCCCGCAUAAGCCUUAUCACAAAUAUCCCUCAUGAGUGAUUUUUUAACAAUACAGGCAACGUGGGAAGAAGAAAAGUGCAAAUAUCAAACUCUACUGCCCCUUUUCCUUUCCCACAAUGCCUUUCUACCAUUGUGCAAAAUCACGAUAAGGCUUGUAAUAAAUAAUGUACACGUACGUACUAGUACAGUAGGCUAUAUGGUCAAUAGUCGGAUACAUGUAGGGUUUGGAGUUGGACGAUCCGCGGAAUGAAAAUUGUCAGAUUUUCCCUUAUCUUCGUCUAGUCUGAGGAUCAAGGCCAACUUGAAUUCAGCCUGCUCGGUGUGUAGAAAUUGAUACAGCAUGAAGUCUGUUCAGGUUGCAUCUUCAAUCGCUGUGAGCAUUGUUUCAGCGGUAGGACUUGUCUGGGCAAUUCGUCAGUACUAUCGCAGAAAGCAACAAACAGCAGUCAAGGCUUUUGGCCUUGAACUGAAGCAGACAGCAUUUUGCGUUGAUGAAAAUAUUUAUCUGUGCAACAAUGGCUCAUUUGCAGCUGUGCCUCGUCAACUUCUACAACAGCAGCAAAGAUUGAUGGAAGAGAGAGAGAGAAAUGCUGAAUUGUGGUAUAGGAGGCAGUAUGACCCCAAGCAUUUUCCAUCUGAAGGAGGUUUGAAUCUCUAUGGGCAGGCUGUGAUGGCUGUAGCCGACUUUGUUGGUGCCAAAUUUGAGAAUCUGGUGCUUGUUGAGAAUACUACAGUGGGCAUCAACAGUGUAUUGAAGAAUUUGCCACUGAAGAAAGGGGACAAGAUUCUUCUGACUUCACACAGCUAUGGAGCAGUCAUUAAAACAGUUCAAGUUGUCUGUGAACAGACAGGCUCAGAAGCAGUGACUAUCAAGAUUCCUAUUCCAAUCAAAUCUGAAGAGGACUUCAUCAAGUUAUACUCAGAUGCACUCGAGCAGCACAACAUCAAAGUGGCUGUCAUAGACCACAUCACCAGCCCCAGCGCAAUUCUUUUUCCCUUGGAGAGACUAGCAACAUUAUGUCAUAAGAAGGGAGUACUGGUUAUUGUUGAUGGUGCCCACACACCUGGCCAGGUGCCUCUUAAUCUGGAACAGCUGCCUGUUGACUUCUACGUAGGCAAUCUACACAAGUGGUUGUUCUGCCCAAGAAGCUGCGCCUUGUUGUGGGUUCAUCCAAGCCAUCAGGAUAGCUUCCAACAUGUUAUAACCUCACACCAUGCAUCGGCAUCAACCUUAAUGGAGAGAUUCUGUUUCAUUGGAACCCGUGAUAAUCUUCCAUACUACCUAGCUCCUUCAGCCAUCAAGUUCCAUCAAGACCUAGGUGGACUAGAGGCCAUUGCAGAUUAUAACUCCAGCUUGAUUGGAUGGGCUGCAGAUAUGAUUGCAAAGGCUUGGAAAACAGAACAGAUGGCUAUCCCAGCUCAAAUGAGGGCACCAUUCAUGGCUGUUGUGGCUGUACCCGAGACUGAUGCCUACCCUGGGUGUCCUGACACUUGUGGUAAAUUGAUGGCUGAUGUAUUCUACUGUAGUGGAGUAAUGGGGGCAUUUUCCUUCUUCAACGGAAGGCUGUGGUGUCGCCUCUCAAGUCAUGUUUAUAAUUGUAAGGAUGAUUAUUAUAAACUCAGGGACGCUGUGCUGCAAGUCAUACAGAAAGAUCAGUAGGACAGCACAGGUAUACAUUAUUUAGAUACAUUAAUUGCUUUAUAUGCUCAAGACUGCGAUUUGAAAAUUGCAUUUAUGCAUGUAUGCAAAUUGAGAUUGAAAUCUGGUAGUACGUGCAGUCUGAAAUUUUACGCUUCUUCCAUCAGUUGUUUACAAAUGCAGUAUGCUUUACAAAUUUUGGAGCCAAAACUCUGAAGAUAUAGAGGGUUUGCAUAACUGUCAUCUUGCAGGCAAAAGCUUUUGUUCCACAGGGUUGGCACAAGGGAGGUUUCCCUAUGGAACAAAAGAAAUGCUCUGCAAGAUGGCUACAGCACAAAGCCUGUAUUGAAUUAUUUGAGGCUGUGGUGUUGCCUCUCAAGUCAUGUUAACCACUACCUGCCGGGCGACCCGUUUUCGGGUAUAUAAGCUUUAUAUGCAGAGCCGGGGAGUCCGGA